AUGGCUCCUCUUCGUAAACCCUCGUCGCAAAGCGUACGACCUCUAAAAUCUAUCCUGAAACGAACCUCUGAGUCCGGCGGGUCGAGUUCGGCCCCCAAAUCUGAAUCACUCUUCCCCUCUUCAAAGAAGGACAAACGUCGAAUAAAACACGCCGAACUCAUGAACAAAGUCGCAAAAUCUACCGCCAAGAAAAAGCCCAGACGAAGGCGGCCGAACAACAAACUUGUGACGACUCUCGAUGCCCUCGCAGCUGCUCUUCCAGACGACGACGAGCUGAACACAUCAACAGAUGAGCGAGCUCGAGACCAAGUCAAUAUAAUUAGGCGAAAGAGUAUGAAAUCGCGGCCGGGUGCGUUGAAAAGGAGGGAGAAACUCGACAAGGGCGAACGAGAUCGAUUUGCGAAGAAUAUGGCGCAACUUGCAGCACCAAAGCCCAUCAGUGGAGGUGCGGCUGAGGCCGCUGGCAGCGGUGUGGGUGGGCAAGAUACCACUACUGCCAUCCCGUCAACAAGUGAGAGAUGGGCAGUUCUCAGGGGUUUCAUCUCCCAGACACUGGAGACAAGACCUGGGUUGAAGAGCACGACUUAA